ACAAUGUCUAGGUCUAACUUGCAAAAAGAAAAGUUCGUCUCAACGAGAGUGGCUGCUGGGAAAAGGGCUGGAACUAGCGAGAAGAUGAAACCCAGCAUAUCUAACAGCUUUAUUAAGAAACAAAGUGCCCAAAUAAAAACUAUGAAUCAGGGCAAAGGCCAUAAUUUUACGAUGGGUAAUAACCAUGAUAGUAAGAAAGUGAACGAAAUUAGAGGCAAGAUGGAGUCUUCGGUUGCUUUACCCAAAAUUGGCAAACAGUUCGAGUUCAAAGCCAAAUCGAGGAAACUCGAGAGUCGUAAGAAGGACAAUAUCUUCCAAAGAAGGGAGAAGUCAGCCAUGCAGAAACUCUCAAUGGAAGGUCUCUCAUACCAAAAAUAAGCAAGACUCUAGCACAAGGAAUGAUGCUACCCAGAUUCUUGAUAGGGAUCACAACAACUUUAGUGAUGAUGAGCCAUAUUCUAGGACUAUUAAAGAUGGAAAAAUUGAGUAUAACAAUCAGAUUAGGAACGAUAAGUCAAAAAUAACUCCAAAAUUGGCUAAGAUUUCAAAAGUUAUAUCUUCCUCACAGAAGAGGACAAGGGAAGGGGAGAUGUCACCAGGAAACCAGAAGAUCGCUCCACUAAUGAAUCAUUCUUCAGCUUACAAGCGGAGGUCAACUCAUAGCUCUCAGGCUAAGAAGACAAGCGAUACAAAGGAGGUAGAGAGCAAUAAGGCUAAAGAAAAAGAUCUGAAGUCCAAAACCAGCAACCCAGACAAUAUCCUGAAUAGUAUUAUCCAAUCCCGGUGCUUAACGAAGGACCAACAGAGAGCUGAAGUUGAAAAUGACAAAAUAUCGCCUUGAAAGGAGAACAAGCUUAGGAAUUUGAUGUCAAAGGAUGAUUAUGGUGAUGCUAAUGCUCAACAAAAGUUCUCCAGAAAAGGUUCAAGAGUCAGAAAAUCUGUAUCUUCUCAUAAUAAGAGGAGAGAAGAUAGACCAACUAGGAAGGAAGAUCAUGGUAAGGAAGAGAGGAAAGACCCAAAAUUUGAUGAAGAAAUUGACAAGCCCUGGAUUUCUUACCUCAGAAAUUUGAGAAUUCCAAUGAUGUGUCAGCUCCAUAGGAAGAUUACAGUUGCUAUCUCUGAGAAUUCUUUGAAAGCAACUCCUCCUCAGACUAAGAAGAAUGAUAAAUCUCCUGUAUCAAUGAAGAAGAGGAACAUGAAUCGGAACCCGAACUGUAAUCAUAACAGCAAUAUUGCUAGCUUUACCAAUACUAAGACUGAACACAGUAGAGCAGAUAAUUCCUACCAGAACAAGGACUUGUUGUGGAAAAAUGGCAAGAAUUACUCAGAGCAGAGUGAGCUCAACUCUUUGAAAGGCCUCCUUAUUCGGCUGUUCUUCGAUAACAGCCUUGGAGAGGAUGUCGGCAAAGGCAAAAAGUCCAGGUCAAAUGCCUCCUAUGUUCUCAGGAAUGACAUUAAUAGAAUGUACAGUGAAUUUGAGGAGUUUUACUCAAAUGAUGAUAUCCUUAUUGAUGGAAACAUAGUGAACAAAUACUCACUCUGGAUCAUAAAGAACCUAAACCCUCAUCAUAAAGCGUAUGUAUAUGCCUUGAUGAAGUGAGGCAAGGUCCAUAACCGAGAAUUAGCGCUGAUGGCCAUAAACAAUUGCAUGAACUGGAAUAACCAGUGGGAGAAAGAUUGCUACUACUGAGUUCUAACAUAUAUGCUAGUCCAGACGAUUAAGAGUGAAUUCAAAAUUGGAAGCAAGGAUUUAAUCAAAUGCAUUAAGAAACUAAUGGAUUACCCAAUCCAGCCCUUAAAGAGAACCUCUAUAAUGAACUUGUUUCCAACUAAAGCUGAACUAGAGCAGCAAGCCCAGCAAGAGGAGCAGAAGGCAACACCUGUUCAGAAGCCGAAUAUUAUUAAGAAGACCAUUAAAUACAAGAGUGAUAAAGUUAAAUCGAUUUCAAAGAAUAGAUUUAUCAUCAAUGAGCUCAAGCCGAAUAAGGACUCCAUUUUUGAGCAGAAGGAGAAUGCUUACAGAAAGUUUGUAGAGAAUCAGCAAAGAAUCAAUGGCAUGGAGAUCAACCCUGUAGGAAGCUGAAAGUAUCUUAAAUAUGCACUAGGGAGGGGAAAUAACUCCCUUCUCGUCCAACUUGCUCUCAAGAGCAGAUGGUGGUGGCAAAGAACCAAAAGAUCUAAUCCUAAUGUUAACUUCUUGUGGACUCAGCUAAUGUGUAGGAAAUUUAUUUCCAAUCUAAAAAGGCUCAAUAGGGGAGAUCAUGGAAGUGAGUCUGAGCUUGAUACUACUAACUUUGGAUCAACCUCUAACACGAUUUUGAAGGAGAGUGGAUCUACUUCUGAUACAAAGAACACGACUAGUUCUAGUCUGACCACUUCUGGUAAUAAUUUCCCUUCCCAGAAGCUGUCUAAAGUAAGCAACUCUGUAAUACAUGGAAGAAGAAGGAAGGCAAUUAAAAAGGACCCGCUUGUGUGUGAUAAAUUCAAGAUCUGAAAUCACUUGGAGAACCAUUUCCAUCUGAGUAACAAGAAGGCCUUGUAUUACAACAUGAAAGCCUACUUCGAAUGUCUUGGGAAGGAGCCUUUUAACUACAUUCCUCUGACAUAUCACAUUCAGGAAGGAUCCAAUGACCCUCAGUUUGAAUUAUUCAGUCAGAAAUUUGAAGAGAUCGAAGCAGAGGGUAAGGGUAAAAAGAGCCAGAACAUUUGGAUCGUCAAACCAGGUGAAAAUACUAACAGAGGCAAUGGGAUCACUGUCUGUAGGGAUAUGUCACAGAUCAUCAGUCUUGUGGACAGUAAUGUCAAGCUGAACAACGGAAAGAGGAGGAGCUAUAUUGUUCAGAAAUACAUGGAAAAUCCUCUGCUUAUCAACAGAAGAAAGUUUGACAUCAGGUGAUACUCACUGGUUACCUCUAUCAACGGGAAUAUAUGAGGGUAUUGGUACAAGGACGGAUAUAUCAGGACUGCUUGUAAAGAAUUUUCUCUCAAAAAUGUGUCUAACAAGUACAUCCAUCUGACUAAUGAUGCUAUCCAAAAAUACUCGAAUUCAUAUGGAAAAUAUGAAGACGGCAAUAAGCUGAGCUAUAAGGAAUUCCAGAAACAUUUUGAGGUGAAUUGUCCUGACAUGAAGAUCGAUUUCGACAAGAUUUAUCCCCAGAUGAAGAAACUUGCAACUGAUACAAUCAAGGCCACUUAUAUGCAGAUUGAUCCAAAUAAUAACCAGUACACAUUUGAGUUGUUUGGGUAUGAUUUCAUGGUUGAUGAAAACCAAAAAGUAUGGCUGAUUGAGGUGAACACUAACCCUUGUCUUGAGCUCUCAAGCAGCUUACUCUCAAGGAUGAUCCCUGCACUCGUAGAAAAUGUAGUAAAGGUAGCAAUUGACCCUGUUUUCCCUGCUCCUGAAUGGUCUAAUUCUAGAAAAGGACAAAUCCCCGACUUUUCUGAAAAUAAAUUUGAGCUUGUAUUUAACGAAUCCAAAGAUGGUGAUGAACUAAAAGAAAUUCUGAAGCAAGCAAAUCUGAAGGACAUUAUCAGGGAAGAAGAUGAGCAAGAGUCUGGCAACGAAGACGACUCUGAUGAGGAGAAUGUUGAUGAAGAGGAAGAGGAAGAAGAAUAAUCCUACAUCUUAAUCUAUAAUGAAAUAAUAUUUUCAAUCGAUUGAGCCUGCCUUG